AUGGCAAUGGCAGAUGCGAUGCCAGUCCUUCCCGAGCACGACAUCACCGUAGUGAACACCUUCGUGCAAGUUUCCGAGGCCCGCCCACGUCAUCGGCUUCAGCGGUCGCAAACCGCCCCCGUGACAGCAGCCGACGAUGAGGCCGAGGAGGAGCUCGAGACAGAGGAGCAGACAGGUGAAGCACAAUUUGUCUCAGAGGAUGCUGAGCCGAAGGCAGAGAAAGAAGUGAUCGAAGACUGCCCCGAGCCGAGCGAGCCCGUGAAAAUGAAUGUCAAGAAGCUGCAGACCUUCAAGACCCUGAAUCGUUUCGAAACACCGGACCCCUGGGACUUGGAGGCAAUCUGCAAGAGUCUGGACGAGGAGCAGGCCAUGCAGACCCUGCCCGCAAAGGCAGCCUCGUCUUCCAAGCCUCGACUGUUGCACUCAGCGACACCCGACCGAUGGGAGUGGGAUGCGAUGGUUCAAGAGGAGAAGAUGAUCGAAUCCCGCAGCCGAGCAGAGACACCCAGCCAGCCGCCGGUGGCUCCCGUGUCAGUGCCAGCGCCAGUCCCAGUCCCACCGCCGGUGGCGCGUUCGGCUUACAUCCCGGCGCAGGCCUGCAUAGCCCAGGCAGCCCCCAUGGUAUCGCUCCUGACAGUGCCUGCGACGCUUGCAAUUCCUGCUGUCGCUUCUGCGAUGCCAGCAGUGCAGCCAGGUUGCGAGUAUCCUCGCCUGUUGGGUAGCGUGAGCCCAGCGUCGCCAGGCUCACCCAAACCAAUGUCGCCCAGUGUCUCCCCACGUGUGCGACCCGGGACACUGGAGACGAUGCACCUGGACGAAAAUUGGGAGUUGGUGAAGUGGUACGUAGACGCCACGAAGUUCGAUUCGAACUCAGAACGGCUUCUGAGCCCCGAGUUCGCGUUGCACUUCCCCGGACAGGCCGACCCCUUCACCUUCCGGAUGGUAAUCCUCGCCACGCAGACAGGCGGCAAGCAUGGUGCAGGAUUCAAGAAGGCCAAAGGACGGGGCAGCAUUGAGCUGAAGUGUUCUUCUGCCGUGCCUUCAGGUGUGGACAGUGUCACUGCCCUUGUCACCAUCGGCGAAGGUGCACGCAAGCAGAUCGGCGCAAAGCCAAUUGAGCACAACUUCGGCGACAAAACAUGCUGCCAGUUGCCCAACGGGGAGGAGGCGGAUUGGGAUUUCAAGCAGUCGGUCAGCCGAGACGCCAAGAGCUUCGAGAUCGCAGUGGAGAUCCACCUUUGA